AAAAAACAAAAAAAAACAUAAGAAAUUAGAGAACCAAUACACCAAAACAAAAGAAAAACAAACAGAGAAAAAGAAUUUAUUCGAAAAUUAGGAUUUAAAAUAAGGGUUUAUUAAAUUUUUAUGUUUAAAUAAAUAAAAAAAGAAAUAAAUCUUAAAAAAUAGAGAUUAAAAGAUAUAUAAAGGCUAUUUUUAAUAGAGAUAACAAAAAGAAGUAUAAGAGACCUAAAUAUUUAAAAAAAUAAAGAGAAUAAAAAUAAUAUAAAAAAAUAUCAUUGGAAUAAAACACAAAAAAAUAAAAAAAUGUCAUCAACACAACCAGCAGCACUAGCUAUUCGUACAUCAGCAUCUAAAACCCUUGAAGAGGCAAAAAAAAGGGUUUUAAAACAAUAUAGAGCAUGGCAACGAGCAAUACCAAUUGUAGUUCAAAUGUAUCAACUCGAUGUUGCAAUGUCAACCGUUAAAUCGGCAUUGCGCAACGCGUAUAGAAAGAAUAAGCAUAUUACAGAUCUUAAGAAGCUUGAUAUUUUAAUUUUUCAGGGACAUGCGGAAUAUCAAGUAUGUAAUACAUAUUAUUAUACUAAUUCACAAAUAUACAGGAAACACUUAAUUUCUGGAAACAACAAACACAUAUAAUGACAUUUUUAAAAAAGCAUGCAGAAGAGACAUUUCAUUUAGAAAAAACUCAUUUACUACAAGCACAACUUAAGAGUCCAUUAAAAGAUUCUAAUCUUCAAACAAAUAUAUUAGAAUAUUCAAAAACAAGACGAAAAUUUCUUGAAGAUUUUCUAAGCGGUAAAUCUUAAGUAUAAAUUAUAUCUAAAAAAAAUAUUAAAAUAUUAAGUUAAAAACAUAUAUAAGACUUAUUAAAAACC